AUGACAACCCAUCAAACCGCCAAAACCCAAUUCGUGACAUCUAAGGAUGUCAAGUUCGCCUACCGCCGUUUCGGAAAUGACACCACCAAUGAAGUCCCCCUCCUCUUCCUCAUCCACUUCCGUGGCACCAUGGACUUCUGGGAUCCUCUCCUCGUCAACUCGAUCGCAACCAAGCGCCCCGUGAUCUUGUUCGACAAUGCAGGCGUUGGCCAGAGUACCGGAACCGUCGAAGAUACCAUCCCCAAAAUGGCUGCUCGUGUCCUUGACUUCCUCGCUGCUCUUGAACUCAAGAAAGUCGAUGUGUUGGGUUUCAGCAUGGGAGGACAUAUAGCCCCGUACAUCUACUUGAAUGGUCCUGCUGGACUCGUUCAGCAUAUCAUCAUUGCGGGAUCGGGACCGAGCGCUGGCGAAGAUAUUGUUGUCAACAGUGAUGAAAGGAAGAAAGCAAUCGAGGUGAAUGCUGGUGCCGCACAAGUCGAACGUAAGAACUUCGAAUACUUGUUCUUCGGUCCCUCGGAGUCGAGCCAAGCAGCAGCACGAGCAUGGUGGGACCGUAUUCAUGAACGAAACAAGUCGACAAGCGGCGAAGAACGUAGUGACUUGGUGUCAGCUGGGUUUGCUGAUGGAGGUGCUGGAAUGAUGAACAUGUUGAAAGCCUUUGGAGUCUUUGCCAAUCUAGAGCUGCGAGCUGAAGGAAGCUAUGAUCGACUUGGGAAUAUCGAUAUUCCAGUUUUGAUUGGGCAGGGAAAGGAUGACGUUAUGAUCCCGACUGUUAACAGCUUUGUCAUGCAGCAGAAGAUGCCGAAUGCUUAUUUGAAGAUAUAUCCAGACUCAGGCCAUGGUUUCUUGUAUCAGUUCGCAGAGGACUUCGCACAGCAAGUCGGCUGGUUCUUAGAUACUACUGCAAAGUAA